AUGUCGUCCCCAGAUAAGGGCAAGAAGGUCAAGAAGAAGGAGGAGGCGAAGGCCCCGGGGAUGGACAUCCGCAAGUUCUUCAGCGCCAAGCCCGGGGGUGUCCGCAGCACGCCCAAGCGCGCGGCGGCGGCGGCAGGUGCGGCCGCGCGCAAGCGCAAGAAGGCCAUCGUCAUCGACUCGGAUGAUGACGCCUAUGAGGAGGAGAGCGAGGCGUCCGACGGCGACGACUCCGACUUUGAAAUGAAGGACCCGGAGGAUGAGAAGGCGGCAGCAGGGGAGGACGACGACGAUCUGGAGGACGCGGCGUCGGAAGACGAGGAGGCGGGGGACGAUCUGGGCGGCGGCGCCGCCGCGCAGCGCGCCAAGAAGGCCGCAAAGCCCUCGGCGGGCGCGGCCCCCGGCAGGGCUGCGGCGGCGCACAAGGGCAAGGCGGCGGCAGGCAAGGCUGCGGCGGCAGGCGGCGGGGGGAAGGGCGGCAAGGCAGAGAAGCCGAAGAUGGUGGUGACGCCGCACGCGCGCAAGUCGCCGGCCAAAGGGGGGUCACAGGCGGCGUCGGAGGGCGGCGAGGCCGCGGGCGGCGGCGGCGGCGCGGGGACGAAGCGGAAGCUGCCGGGGUCCCUGGCGUCCCCCGCCGCCGUGGCGGAGCCCGCCAAGGCCCCCAAGCGCCCCACCCCCGCAAAAAAGGAGGCCCUGGCCGGUGACGCGGCGGAGGCGGUCGCGGCGGCGGAGGCGGCGGCGGCGGCGCUCCCGGAGGUCGCGGAGGAGUCCAUAGAGUGGUUCGUGGAGGGAAUGGCGUUUGACGACAACCCAGACCCCCCUAUGGCGGGCCAGAAGGAGAUCCCGCGUGGCCACGACGAGUGCCUGCGUGACAAGGCUUUUGUGCUGAGCGGGCACCUGCCCAGCCUCAGGAGGGACGAGGCGCGGGACCUCAUCUGCAGGCACGGCGGCCGCGUCACCGGUGACGUCAGCGGCAAGACGUCGUUCCUGGUGGUGGGGCAGUAUGCCAGCAAGCGAAAGUUUCGGGAGGCCCACGAGAAGGCAUUGCAGCAGCUGGCCAAGGCCGCCGAGAAGGAGGCCAAGGCCAGCGCCAGCAAGGGCUCCAGGGGCAAGCCCAAGCCCGCGGAGCGCCCGCCGCCGCCCUGCAAGGUCAUAGACGAGGACGGCCUGUUCGCCAUCAUAGCCGCCACCGCGGGCCUCGCGCCGCACGAGGGCGGCGGGGUGGGAGCAGGGCCGGUGGCGGCAGAUAGGGAGGCGGUGGCGGCGGCGGCGGGGGUGAAGGAGGAGGAGGGCGGGGCGGUGCCGGCGGCGGUCAAGCGGGAGCCCGGCGUGGCGGCCGCGGCCGGGCCGGCGCCGAUGCGGGGCGCGGCGUUCCAUGGCGGCGCGGCGGCGGCGGUGGCCCCAACAGCAGCGACCGUUGGCGGGGGAUACGGCUCGGGGCCGGGGCGGGCGGACGGCGGCGCGCCGGCGCUCGCUGCGGGCGCGCAGGAGGGCCUCCCAGGGGCGGCGCCUCGGGGACGCGCCCCUGCGUGGGGCCCAAGCUUCUGCACCCAAUGA